CCGGAAGGGGCUUUGCCGCCGAUGCUGCGAGGCUCUCGGAGUCGCAGCAUCCCUCGCUCGCAGCCGCACGGAUGCAGCCGCAGCAGGGCAGAGCCGUCCCCGGGAAUCGGGCCGCGCCCGGCCCGGCGGGGCUCGGCUGCCGCAAGGACGAGCCCAGCAGGCAGGUCCGGCCCGUGCCGCUGCCGCCCGUGCAGCAGAACCUGAACUACUACCCGCAGAUCUUCUGGCUGGACGGCUGCGCCGAGGCAGGGGCUCCCUGCGCCCCCGCGGCUCCUUUCCCACCGCCCGUCCCCGAGCGGAGCAGAAAGCCUCGGGAAAAAGACCGGGAAAGGAGGAGCGUCGGCUUCCUCGUGAUGUUCUUGCUGAUCCUGGUGGCCUUCACCGGAGUGGGGCUGAGCAUAUUUAAGAUUUUUCACCUGGAGAAGGAGGUGGAUGAACUCAGAGAGUCUGCCAGCGCUGAGCACAUCCCUCCAGCCUCUCAGAAACUCACAGGGCAGAGGAAGGAGGUGAGGAGGGCAGCCCAUGUAACAGGCAACCCAGCCCAGAGGGACCUGCCUCUGGAGUGGGAGCCCAUCUCUGGCCAUGCCUACACCAGUGGCAUCCAGUACCAGGAGCGGGGGCUGCUGGUCAGCGAGCCGGGGCUGUACUUCGUGUACUCCAAGGUGCUGUUCCGCGGCAGCGCCUGCGACAGCCAGCUCCUGUCCCACGUGGUGUACAAGAGGAACCCGGCCUCCCCGGGCAGCCUCGUGCUCAUGGAGGACAGAGUCAGCAACUUCUGCACGGGCCAGAGGAUGUGGGCCCGCAGCAGCUACCUGGGGGCUCUCUUCAGGCUCAGGAAGAUGGACAGCUUGCACGUCAACGUCUCCAAAAUCGCCCUGGUUAACUUUGAGGAGUCCAAGACUUUCUUUGGUUUGUUUAAGCUUUGAAACGGAGUGUGGCUGGAGCCCCUUCACACACACACCCACACGGAUGUGUGAGGGCUGAGAGCUGCCUGGACACCACAAAACCCACCCAGAAACCAUGUUUGGGCUUCAGCGUGAGGGGAUCCAAGCAAUGGGAAAGGCCUGAAAGCACCAGGGCUGUGCUGCAUCAGCCUGAACCGGAUUGCCCACGUUCUCCUGACAAAAACCCCAACAAACUCAGAAUGUGGCGUGCUGAAGACCCUGCUGGAACUCACGACUUGCUGCCUGAGAAGAUGGUGGGACCUGCUGCUCCCCGUGGUGUCACAGCCCUGGCGGGGACAGCUGGGGGUGUUAAGGAGGUAUCACCCCCCCCAGACAGGGUGUGGGGAUGAGCAGCUGCUCCCCCUGAGCCAUGGCUGGCACUGCCCAGCACUGGGACUGCCGUACCACAGGCACCUCCUGCUAGCUGGGCUGGGAUAGGUGCUGCGUGCAUUUUGUGUUAAGCUACGGACAGUUCCCAUCCCAGGAAAUGCUCCCCGACCUCUUUAUUUAACUCAUCCCAAGUGCCUUGCAAGGAAGAUGGCGGGAGCAGCAGUGCCCUGAGGGGUGUCCCAGAAGUGGCAGUGUGACCACACCAUGGUGCUGGGGAUGGUGGGGUGGCCGUGGGCUCUGCUGGUGCAAUCUAAAGCAACCCAGCACUGCAGGGCACUGGGGCUUGAGGUGAAAGCAGCAUCUCGAGCCCCCCUCCUGCCCCUUCAGCCCCUGAGGGCUCUCCGUGGAGGCUCUGCCUCCCCUUUCCUGAUGCAGCUGGUGACACGCUGGACGCCUGUCAAUUGCGUGGCCUUGGCUGGACCCCUUGCCAUGAGAUGUUCUCUCCUGAGAAAAACACAGAUGGUAAAUAUAUAUUUUUCUAGUGAGUGGUGCUGUCCUCUCCUCAUUUGGGGCAACGGGCUGGGCCAUGGCCAAAGCACUGCAAGGCCUCUGUGAUCAGGGGCGCCUCAUUCCUUCUCUAGCAGCAUGGCAGAAAUCUGGGAGCCUCAUCCCUCUUUGCUGCCUGCUUGGCACUGCACAGGGCCCUUUCCGUGGGGCUUUGGAGCUCCAGCACGGAAACAUGAGGAUCUGGGGCCUGGGAAGGUGUGGUGUGGCAGCACAGAGCAGGCAGCCCAAGCCCAUCAGGAAGGGGCUGAUCUCAAACCUGAUCUCUAACCAGGCUAGAGCUGGAGAGGAGCCAGGCACUGGUGGCUGAGCAGAAGUGCUGCUGUCUGUCCCCAAAGGCUCCAUCUGAGUGACCUCUGGCCCCAGAAGCACUUCUCACAGAGUGGUCUGCAGGGCAAAGAAACAAAGUGGUGCAAAAAAAAAACCCACCCAAAUCCUAUUUGUUCAUCCUGGUGUCAGCUCCACGGGGCUCUAACCCUGGGGCUGUCACUGCCACUGCCACCAGGCAGGACACACGGGCUGCAGCUGGUCCAGCAUCACCUCUGCCCGUGCUCCUGCCCUCCUGCAGCUCUGCUGCUGCUCUCAGUGAGUGUGGCUCCUCAGCAGCCUGCAGCAUUUGUUUCCUUUGCCAGGGUGCUGCUCUCAGCUCGGUGUGGUUUGUGUCAUCUGCUUCAGGGAAGUUUAUUUCUUCGAAACUUCUCGGUGGUCUGGCUACUGCUGUGGCCAGUGGGAGGGGAAAGCUGCAGCCCUGCUCGCUGUGCUGAUGUUUCCAGUGCAUUUCUCAGGGUGGAAAGAAUCUCAAAAGGAUGAAGUUCAGGCGUCUUCUGGCUUGACAUUUUCUCUGCACGUAUCAGAGGGUGAAACUGCGCAGCACAGGGAUGGAGCUGCUGCAUCCUGACCUUCCCAGGAAAGGCUGGAAAUGGCUGUUCUCUUCUGAUUGCUCUUUGGGCUGGGCUGCUCUCCUGGUGAUGGGACAUCCAAGUGAGGAGUGAGCUCUCUGUACAGCUGUCUCUGCAGCCAAACCAGCCGAGCACAUCAGGUGCUUCCCUUUUUACUGGGGAGCAGCCUGAAGAGAGGCAGGGCAUUUUGGGCCCACAGGAAACCUGCCCUGUGGCUCCUCUGCCUGCUGGCACGGGGUUGGAAGGGCUGGAAGGAUCCCAAAGCCUCUCUAGGUCACCCCACAGUAACCCUGCAGGCUGUGGCUACAGUCAGCUCUGGGGCAGGACGAGCUUUGGCCCUUGUGAGGGGAUGAGAUCUGUCCUUAGCUGAAAUGCCAAGGGCACCCCAGAGCUGCAGCUAUCAGAGGCAGGGGCACAGUGGGGUGGGCAGAGUUGUUGCAAACAGUUCUGGGCCUCCUGAGGAGG